GUCAUGCAGCUGUUUCAUUCAAAAAUGACUGAAACGUGUUCUGCUUUGUGUCGUCGAGCAGCGGCGGCCUGAACUGUUUUAUAAAGUUAAAAUUAGUGUGUUUCUGUCUUUUUGAGCUGCAUAUAGACGCCCUAAUGGAUUUCUGCAGGAGAGAGAAAAAGCACUGCAAUGCCGCUUAUGGAGAUCCUGGUGCUCACAGGGCCUUUGGGCUGUUCACAGGAGCCAAACCGCAAAACGUUUGGAAACACAUCACAGAUGGUUCGGGCACAGCCUGCUCUCCGCUGGUUAGCAGAAUGCUGUUUGCUCCAGAGCAGCAGGAUCCUCUGGCUGCCGUGCCCAGCGUUGAUGAGCUCAGUCUGGGCCUGCUGUCUCUGAGCUUCCCCUGGUGGAACCAGCAGCCCUGGAGCCGCCCAGAGUCCCAACCCUGCUCCCAAACGCCCGCGCUGGAUCUCUUGGGUGCUUCAGAAGGCGGUGAUUCGGGUCAGCUGCACGCUUUCCAGGCCCACGAGUCUGCAUCUGGAAAUCCACUGGAGCACUUCUCCAGCCUGAUUGCGGCGCUCGAACCUCACUCUCUGCUGCACUCAGGAUCCAGCAGCCCCGUCAACUCUGAGAACAGCGCGAUCUCGUCAGGAUCCGACCACCUGGUCUCUCUCAGAGUUUCUCCUCCGUUGCCCCUGAUGCUUCCCGAACUGCAGGCGGAGAGUGUGAAACUGGACACAGAUGCCUGUUUGGAGCAGAACCCCCUGAACACCUUCACGAAUGCUUCCAGUGCUCGGGCCGAGGGGUCAGUGGUUGGGUGCUGGUCCACAAGUCCUGUCUGGUCCGGCUGGGACACUUUGGGCUUGAACAAACCCACGUUCUGCAUCGAGAGAGAGGCGAAACUGCAUAAACAAGCUGCAGCCGUAAAUGAAGCCACUUACACCUGGGAAGGAUGCCUUCCUCCACGCCACUACAAAAACCCUGUUUACUCCUGUAAAGUGUUUCUGGGAGGAGUGCCAUGGGACAUCACAGAGGCGAGUCUGUUGAACACAUUUAGUGUUUUUGGUCCGUUGAAAGUUGAGUGGCCUGGUAAAGAUGGUAAACAUCCACGCUGUCCUCCGCAAGGCUCUGGCAGAGUGACGUUCAGAAGUCAGAGGAGCUAUUUGAAAGCCGUGACUGCAGCGUUUGUGCAGAUAAAAACCUGCAAGUUUACCAAGAAGGUCCAGAUUGACCCGUAUCUGGAUGACUCCAUGUGCCAAAUAUGUAACAGUCAGCCCGGCCCAUUCUUCUGUAGGGCUCAGGCCUGUUUUAAAUACUACUGUCGGUCAUGCUGGCAUUGGCAGCAUUCUCUGGACGUGUUGAGCAGCCAUCAGCCUCUCAUGCGCAACCAGAAGGGCCUGAACCCCAAAUAAACCCACCGCUGCCGGCGUGGGGAAGAGUCCGGACUGAGUUCACUGUUUUGGGGAAGGAUGUUAGCGUGAGUCAAGGGCGACUCACUUGAGGAAGUCACUGCGUUGUAUUGCACUGCUCUCGUUCUCGUUCAUUAAGGCUCUAUGCACACUAAAGGGUUCGUUGAUGGUGACCUGUUUGCACAGCUGACCAGACAGCCAUCGCCUUGGAGAUCUGAUUUUAAAGAGUUGUGUUUUAGAUUUUGCAUGCACAGAUUAUUAGUUUAUCUCGCAGGCUUGACUCUCUGAUGCAGGCAAAAGCCAGUCGGUGCCUUCGGCUUCUCUUUUGUUACCAGUGUUUUAAUACCAUUAUUUUGGUUUAUUUUAUUGAUUUUUAAGGUGGUUUUACCUGCUUUUCUACUGCUGGUUUAGGUCAUAGCAUAUGAAACAGAUUUUUUAAGUUUGCCUGCCUCAAGCGUCUUUUCCUGUAGGGCCUUUUUUAUUUACCCUUUUUAAUGCUCUAUUAAAUGGUUGAUGAGCAUCUUGGCUUGUGAAAUGUUCUAGGAAGUGACAUCACAGCUGGCUGAUGCUGUUGCUUGGCAACCACCCUGCCAUCAAUCAUCCAUCAGAUCGGAUACAUGUUAGCAACUCUGGAUGGUUCUGUGCUGUAUAUAGUUUUUAUCAAAUCAUAGCACUUUUUUUUAAACAUAGCACUAGGGAAAUGUUUGCCAGUGGUUUUAAAAUUGUUUGUUUGAGCAGAUAGAGGUGGAAUUCUCACGUUGAGUUUGGUGUUUUGUGUUAAACCCUCCUAACCUUAGUUAGCCGCUCUGGUUUCUCGCUGAAGCUGUGCCAAAGAGUAUAAUCUCUUCCUCGUUGCCUUUUGCAGCCGCUUUUUAGAAUUUCAAAGUCUCUACCUCAUUGCUCUGCAAGUAUUGCCAUGGUUAUUUACAAAAUAAAGUUGUUGAA